AUGUUGGACGUAACGCCUUCAUCGUCGGAGGCUUCCUCCAACUCAUCACCAUCUCACGCAUCUCAUUACGAAUCGUCACCUCACAAUUCACCACCCACAUCACUCCCCGCAUCAGCUCCCGAAUCCGUUGUGUCUUCACGUGCGGGGUCACCGACGCCCGAUUCAUCACCUUCAUCCUCCGCGGCGACGUCCCCGCAACAUAUUCCAUUUACAUGUCCUAUGGACCGGAUCCAUCCUGUUUAUUACACAUAUUGUGCCAUGCCUCGAGGGUUUCACUACUGGCCUCACAAUUCACCUCCCACAGCAUUCCCCUCAUUUGCUCCCGAAUCCGUUGUUUCUUCACGUGCGAGGUCACGGACGCUCGAUUCAGCACGUUCAUCCUCCGCGGCGACGUCCCCGCAACGUAUUCCAUAUACAUGUCCCACUAACGACGGGAUCCAUCCUAUUUAUUACCCAUAUUGUACUAUGCCUCGAGGGUUUCCCUACCGGCCUCACAAUUCACCUCCCAUAUCAUUCCCCUCAUUUGCUCCCGAAUCCGUUGUUCCUCCACGUGCGGGGUCACGGACGCACGAUUCAUUACCUUCAUCCUCCGCGUCGACGUCCCGGCAUCGUAAUCCAUUUUCAUGUCCCGCUAACGACCGGAUCCAUCCUGUUUAUUACCCAUAUUGUUCCUUUUAUUUUCUUGUACCGCAACCGGUCCAGAGAUAUCCUCCUCCGCCACCUUAUUCGCAGACGCCCGAGGUCUCAGUCAAAGGCUUCCUGGCAACACCUCCAUUAUCGGUAACAUCGACCCUGUCGUCAUUAUCACCGUUGUCAUUGUCCCCGCCAAAAUCACCGGAAAGGGAGAGCGCAAACGAGACUUUGCCAUCACCAUCAGCGUCUUUGUCACCAGUCCUGUCAAGUUUCCCAUCAAAGCCGAUUCGUGCUUCGACAUCACUUCCGCGUUUAUCGUUUAAAAUCCCACCACCACGUCCAUCAACAUCAUCACGAUCACAAUCAAUGAUACCGCAACCACCAUACAAAUCGUUAAAGAAAUCCGUAUCUGAACCAAAUCUUCAUGAUCAAUCUUAA